GCAUAUCACAUGGAACAAAACAAUCAUAAUUUAUAUAGAUACUGUCUCAAAACCGUCUAUUCUCGAAUAAACCGCCACACCUUUGAACAGCUGAUGAUAUCAGUGCUUGUGCUUGUCCUUUAGUUGGAAGAAGUCGUGAACUUCAGUUGACAGUGAUGGCGAAUGUUGCAGCAUUUCUCUCGGCAUUUAUAUUCAACGCUGUAAUUGCUCUUAUAGUAAUUAUAGUGUACUCGAUUUUGCGACCAAAAUUUGAUAUCGUUUACCAGCCAAGUUUCAAACUUCUAACGGAAUUUCUCCACAAUAAAAUUCCCGAGAAGAAACUCUCGUUGUUAAAAAAGGUUACAUUAUCGUCGUCAUUAUUGGCUUGGCUUACACCAGCGUUCAAACUCAAUGAUAACGAGCUGUAUGAAGUGGUGGGAUUUGAUGCUUUUGUAUACUUGAGAUUUAUACGUCUCUGUUUCAAAGUGAUGGCAUUCGCGCUACCCUAUGCAGCAAUUGUUUUGAUUCCUAUCAAUGUUGUCGAUGGCUUAAAUCUGGGAGGAAUGGACCGACUCACUCUGGGUAACAUACCUGACGAGUCCAAUAAACUUUGGGCUCAUUUGGUGGGCGUGUGGCUAUUCUCGUUUAUCUUGUAUUAUUUUAUUUAUGCCGAGUGGAAGGUGUAUGUAAGAUAUCGUCAAAUAUAUCUGAAUGAGAAACGGCAACAUCACUAUUCCGUAUUGGUCACUCAACUACCUCUGGAGCUAUGCAAGAAUGAAGAAUUGAGAAAAUUUGUGGAUAACCUUUUUCCUGAAAAAGUCGCUCAUUCAUACAUUAUCGAAGAUCUCGAAGAAUAUCGACAACUUAUCCAAGCACACGAUCAGCUGGUUUUGAAGCUCGAGCAUUCCAAGGCAGUAUUUGAGGAAAAAGGAGAGCGACCAGAACACAAAUUAAAACCAAUCGUUGGGGAAAAGGUCGACUCAAUCAAUACAUAUGACGAAGAACUUAGGGGAAUACAAACAGAACUGGAUACCUCAAAGAAUGCAGAACAAGAGCUGACAAAUGCUGCGAUUGUCACUUUCAAGACCAUCCGUGAUGCGAGAAUUGCAAGUCAAGUUCUGUGGCAAGCUAAACCAUACAAUACGUUUGUCGAACCUGCUCCUGAGCCAAAAGACAUUAUCUGGGCUAACUUGACUAAUUCUGUUCUUAACAAGUGGAUUCGUUGGACUAUCAUAUCAAUCCUUCUAUUUCUCCUGGUUAUCUUUUGGAUGAUCCCAGUCGGAAUAGUCUCCUCCCUUGUUUCAUUAGAGAGUCUUCAAGAAAAGGUCUCAUUCUUAGAAUUCGUCAAUGAUCUGCCUGCAUCAGUAAAAGGAAUUAUUGAAGGUGUUUUGUCCACCAUCGCCUUGGUCAUCUUUUUUGCGAUUCUUCCAAUGAUACUCGCAUUCAUGUCCAAAAAGGAAGGAGUUACGACAAACAGCGGAGUACAGAAAUCUGUGAUUGGAAAGAUGUUCAUUUUCACGAUUGUUAACAAAUUUCUAAUCCUGGUUUUGGCUGGUGCAUUUCUGAAUCAAAUCGCGAAAGUCCUGGAUGACCCUGGGUCAUUGCCAAAAUUGUUAGCGCAAUCGCUUCCAGCUAUGGCUCUGUUUUUCACUAAUUUUGCAAUGUUGAAAUCUUUAAUGGGACAUGCUUUACGUUUACUCCGUAUCGGCCCUCUCAUUGCCAUUCAUAUCAAGAGGAAAUGGUUGGCCAAGACCGCAAGAGAGUUGAAGGCUGUAUGGUUACCACCUUGUCCUAACUAUGGUGUUAUGUAUCCAAACGACCUUUUCAUCUUUAUCAUUGGUGUGUCUUACUGUAUCCAAGCUCCGUAUGUUAUUCCAUUUGUUAUGCUCUAUUUUGGAUUUGGGUAUAUCGUUAAUUUCUACUCCAUGGUCUACGUCAUGCGACCUCCGUUCCAUUCAGGUGGUAGAAUGUGGCCCAAGACAUUUAACAGGAUGCUGAUAGCCAUCAUAGUUUUCCAAGUUUUAAUGAUCGGAGUAUUUGGUUUGAAAAACAAUCCAUUGGUCUCGGUAUUAUCUAUACCACCACUGGUAUUCACGAUCAUGUUUAAAAUCGUGAUAAUGCUGUACUUUGAACGCGUUGCCAAACCUAUGGAAAUGGAUGGUGAUUCCAAAGAAGGAAAAUCUGAAAAAGCGGAAGACGGCAUAAAAGAUGAAGCUGAUGAGGAGUUCCUGGAGGCUGCACAUUCCUGUUUCAUUGCUACAUAUUCUAUCCCUGGUUUAUUCUUGUUGAGUACUGAUCCGCCAGCGGAGAAUAAUGGAGUUGACGAAGAGAAAGCAGGCGGCGUUGGAAGCUCCUCUGGUGGCAAAGAUCCUGAAACUUUAAAUGAUCUACAUGCGGAAUCCGUUGAGGAUACAGAUUUCUAGUGCGAUUGUGCAAUAUCAAUGGCGAACAUGCAUAUACGUGCACGAUGAACUAUAUAUUGCCCACGCACUAUAUAUUAUAUACCCUCAUCACUCUGCACUACAUGACUUUUCAGUACCAUAUACAACACGUCUUAUAACUGGAAGAUUAAGAUAUAUAAAGACAGUUUAAACAGAAGUUAUUAUCGUUUUAUAAAGGGGAUAAAAAAAGGUUUAACGUGAUUUUCAGUUUUUAAAAAAACUUAUCUUUAUCUGUUUUAAUCUUCUACGGUUGAUAGGUAUAUACUAUAUAGAGUUUGUUCAACAAACGCGUCUGAGAAUUGUUCUAUAUAUCCAAUAUAUUUUUAUCCUCUAUAACAUUCUUGCAAUGUUUUUAAACAGCAAUAACACAUAUUAUACUAAUAAUAAUUGCAUGCAUGCAUGCCGUAUUUUGAAUGUCGAAAUCAUACAAUUCACAUUCAAUGUCAAAUUACUAAUAUAGCUAAUGGACUAAUAUUUAUUCAAUGUCAAAUUAUAAUAAUAAUAUAUAAUGG